UCUGAAUAUUUAUUUUUCUUUCCAAAACGAUCUGUAUGCCUUUGGGUCUCCUGUGGUCUGUUUACCAUCGCCUGGUCGCUUGGCUAGUGCUCCAUGUGCGCUGUUCACAACAACAACUUGACGGUGCUUAGACGUCCUGGAACUACUGAAUCAGCCAAGAUUACCGUCAUUCAGAAAUCAUAGAGGGUGAAGUGAUAUGUAGAGCUUAUUUUGGCUUUGCAGAUGUUUGAGGUCUCAUCAUGGCACCCAAAAAGAACCCCUUAGAUGACGCCAGGAAAAGGUUGAAUGAAAAACUUGAAAGCAUUAAAGAACAAUCAGAUUAUAUCAGACAAGUUCUAAAUGAUACCGUUGAAAAUGCAACCAAACCUGCCAGAGAUCUGCUUGUUCAGAGAGAUCGGAAGAAGUUUUUUGCAAAGUAUUCAACUGUUAGUCAGGAUCUUGAAAAGUGCCUAGACUUUUUGCUACUUCUGAGUGACUCGGUGUCGUCUACAAAUGAAGAAGAGCAAUCAGGUUCAAGUGAUGAGGAUGAUGUAGCUGAAGGUGAGUGUGAACCAAGUGGCCAUAAAACACCCAGACAGUGUGAAGGCAAUAGAGACAGCAAAGAAGAAGAAAAUUCACCAGGAACCAAAGCCAAAGAUGAUCAAUCAAAGAGGAAGGUUCAAGGAGUCCAAGAAUCUAAGAAAACUGUUAAAGAACCAUUUACUAGUAAAGAGAAGGCUAGCACAAAUUUAAAGGAGCAUGCCAGUUUGAAGGAUGAAAAUAAUCUUGUUGUGCGAGAUGAGAAUGAGAAGGAAAUCUCCAGUGAAAGUAGAAAUAUAACAGUACCAUCAACUAAAUAUCAUGACCAUAAGUCCAUCACAAAUGAAGAAGGGCUCUCAACAGCCCUCAAACAAAAGUCUGUAUCCAGUUCCAUUCAAGGAAAAUCUACAUCAAGCAGAGAAGAAUCUUCUUGCAAGAGAACAUCUCCAUCUAGUAAGUCUAUGAAAACAAGUGCAGUAAAAGAGCCAACAUCUAAAGGCUCAUCCCCUCAGUCACAGCAAAGACAGACUGAAGAACCUAAAGAAAAAGCUGUCUUGAUACCAAGAAAAAAUCCUCCAGGCUUCCAGCAAGCAAAGUCCAAGGCUGAGGUGUAUUCAAGGGUUCAAAGACUUGGCAAGAGAACCCCUGUUGCAUCUACAUUUAGAGAUCGCAAGGUGGCCACUGCUACUCACAAGGCAACUGUUCAGAAAGUCUAUCUAAAGCCAUACCCACUGGCUGAUGGUACCAGCUUAAAGGUUAUAGUUACUGAGGUUAUAAGCCCAUGGGAAUUAUGGCUUCAGCCCAUAAACACAGAGUUUGACCUUCUUAUGGAGAAAAUGUGCAUGGAAUUUGCCACUGCAGCAAGAGGGGGCUACAAAGGUGGCCUCUCCACACCACCCUCUGUGGGGGAUUUCUGCUGUGCAAGGUUCACUGAAGAUGACACUUGGUACCGUGUUCAAGUUAUUUCCAUCAGCCAAUCAGAUGACACUGAUGUCCAGCAAGUUAUGGAUAUCCGUGGGCGUUAUCUCUCAUCCAGUAGUACAACAAGUACAGGCAGCUUGGAUGACUUAUCUGGAGUGACUGUUGAAGUAUUGUGUGUUGAUGAUGGCAACAGAGAGAAGCUACCUUUGAGUAGACUUAGACCACUUCCAGAUGCCUUCACGGUCCUUCCUUGUCAGGCUGUUUGCUGUGCACUGUCUGGGAUACAACCUAUACGAUCACCUGAGAAAACACAGAAAAGUAACUCUGUCUGGGAUGGGCCUGCCAUCAACUGGCUGAAGAACAAAGUAUUUGGCAACACUCUUAUAGCAUACCUGUCUACUACCAAGGGUCCCAGUGGAUCUCUACUCAUAGCAGAGCUCUACCUUCCAAGUGCAGCAAAGUCCAAAGGAUCAGGAAAUCCAGACACACUACCUGGUCUUCAGUUCAGUAUCUCUCAUCAAAUGGUCAAUGCUGGUAUGGCAAAGCUUGUCCAACAAACCACACCGUGUGAUAGUCCAGAUUUGAGCCCAAAUUCCAUGUCCAGUGAAGGGUAUAAGGAGACUAGGCAAUCACUGGCUGGUGUAAGUGAAGGUGUGGCAAAGCCUGAAGAAGGUGUUUCAACCCAGCAGCACUCGGUGUCAGGAGAGCCAGACACUUUGCGAAAGUCAGUAACACAAUUUUCAAUGGAUAAAGGUGAUACCAUAAUUUUACCAAAUGACUCAGAGAAAACACAGAUAGUGGCAAAUCUUAUCCAUGACAAUUCAACUAUGCUACCAGCUGACCAGCCUCUGCAACCAAGUGGCUCUUCUGUGCUGAUUGCUUCAUAUGAACAGAAGACUUGGGAGAUUGAUGGAACCAUGCGUCAAGCACCGGAUGGCAGCAGUUUCUCGGAAAUACCACCACAAGGACUGGAGAUGCCUCAGGUGCAGAUGUGUCUGCGGGUGAUGAUGGCAGAGGUGACCACACCCAGUGAGUUCUAUGUGCACCUCAUUACCCCUGAGGCGGGCUUGUUGGACAUACUCAUGGAUGAGUUACAGCAGUAUUACUCAGGACCUGACUCCAAUGUGCCAAUGGACUACCAGCUAGAGAUUGGAGAAUUCUGCUGCGCCAAAUUCUCUGAAGACGGCCGCUGGUACAGAGCAAAUGUUUGUGAUGUCAGAAUCACUUCAGAAGGGAGGGAUAGUGAUGACAUGUUCGAGCCAGUGAGGGAGAUGCAGGUUAAAGCUGAGAUUCAAGUGUUUUAUAUUGACUUUGGUAACAUAGAGUGGGUGGACAUGAGCGAUACCCGUCCUCUCCUGGCUCGGUUCAUGAUGGUACCGGGAUUUGCUGUCAAGUGUCGCCUUGCUGGCGUUCAACCUCUAGAGUGCCAAGAUGAAAACCUUGAGAAAAAUGCACCACCUAUUACCUCAGAUUCAAGCAAGUCUAGCACUGAGGAAGCCACACCCUUCCGCCAAUCAACAUCAGAAGAGUCUCCUCAAAAGGCUCCAGCACAGUUUAAAGUGGUGGAGAAACCGGCCACCUUUACCAGCCCGCGAAAACGCACUCGGGGGAAGACGAAGAUGAGACCUAAGGUGGUGAAUGAUGAGAGUGUCAUCAUCCGUGCUGCGGGGGACGAGUCUUACGACAGCGAUCUCAGUGAGACAUCCUUACUACUGGAACUCCCCGAGAAACAAGGCUUAGACACGAGGCUGGUGGGAGAUAAUAGCAGUGGUGACGGCGGUGAAGCCUUACCGGAGAAGUACCUGACCCCCAGCCCCGAUAAGGCGCUGCCUCCCCCUCUCGCCGUACUAGGAGAAGAUCGUAAUCGUAAGUGGUCCCACGCGGCUACCGAGCUCUUCAAGGGUCUGACUGGAGAUGACAAGUCUCUGAUGGGUCUGAUGGUACCAUGGGACCCCCAGGUCUAUUCUCAGGUGUUCUGCUCGAUGGCACCCGUCUACAGUCCACGUGCAGUAGGCGUCACAUACAGGCGCCCCACCCUCGUAUUGGAGCUGUACGACACAACAGAAGACGAGGAUAUUCACAUCAACCAAGUGCUAAUCGACACCGGGCUUGCCGAGCCAUGUGAGGAGAACCUACAGGUGGAUCUAACACCUACUGACAACGGCACUGAUGAAGUGGAAACCACUAAGAAGGUAAAGGUGACACUAUCAGAACUUGAGAAAGCCGCAGAGAGGAUUUCCGGAACAGGGAGUCCACUACUUAGCGACUCUGGUGACUCUGACGAUGAGGCGUAUCAGCGCUGGAACCCCAUGAUGGAGGACUACAUUUCAUCACGAAACUCGUACCGCACCGACGUGGACGACGCCGAGGUCGCCAUCCUAGGAUACAAGUCCCGUGACUUGAAGGUCUGUCGCUUUUUCAAAUCCAAGACUUCUACGUGUUGGCGAGGAGACAACUGCGAAUUUCUGCACCUUAAAGAAGGCGAGCAGCCGAAGUUUGAGGUUCAGGCAUACUGUAAUAAUAUCAGCUCAUCUGUGGAGCUGCCGGAAGUCGGCACGUGGGUGGCCGUCCGGGUCACGGCCAUCAUGAACCCCGGACACUUCUGGAUCCAGUUUCCUUGUGGAUCAGAAUCUAUAGAGAAAAAGAUCAUCGAAGCCCGCUCUGGUGCUCUAAUCGCAGCUGAUCCCAAUGAAGAACAAGAGGACCUUGACGCGAUGAUGAAACGUAUGAGUAAUUUUUAUUCACGAAACCUUUUCCGUGAGAGUGGCGCUAUUCUACCUGCUCCAGGUGAACUGGCGGUUGUUCACUGCGACGAAGAAGACAACAUUUGGUAUCGUGCUCAAGUCAUUGAUUUUAAGGAGGACCUUAUCCAGGUGUCGCUUGUGGAUUAUGGCAACACCGCCUGGGUGCCGGAGAAGUUCCUAAAGCGCAUGCUCCCACAGUUUCUCCACUUACCCUUCCAAGCUAUAGAGUGCCUGCUCGCUAACGCUGAGCCUGCGGGGGAUGACGGUAGAUGGUCGAAGGAAGCUGGUGAGAAGUUUGAAGAGUUAACAGCUGACAAAGUUCUAAUUGCGCAGGUUCUGUCAAGCUCUGAUGCGACCAACAUGCUCUUCCUCGAUCUGUACGACACGUCUGAAGACGAAGUGCACAUCAACCUUGAGAUGGUCCGCUUAGGGCAUGCACGACGUACCAAGGUGGUCCUGGAGGGACCUCGUGAGCCCUCAGAAAAUGGUCCCGAGGAGAUAAUAACCCCUGGGUAGCCAGGGAGAUAAUAAGGAGCAAAACUAUGAAAUAAAGAGGACACGCUCUCUCUCGAUCUGUACGACACAGCGGAAGACGAAGUGCACAUUUACCUUGAGAUGGUCCACUAAGAGCACGCGCGACGUAGCAAGUUCCUCCUUGUGGGACCUAGCGAUCCCUCAGGAAAUGGUCCCGGGGAGAGAGAAAACCCUGGGUAACCAGGGAGAGAAGAAGGGGCUCACAUGACAACAAAGUUGACAUCAAUCCUUGGAUGGUCCACUCAGGGCACAUCCAUCGUUCCAAGGUCCCGAGGAGAUGAUAACCCCUGGGUAACUAGAAAGAAAACCAAAACGGGUCAAGCCGUCUAAUUACAGAGAGGACAUUAGUCGUUUGCAUCCAGGACAUGCACAGGCUGUUCCAACGUAACCUUGUGGGAUACCUGUUAACCCUUGUGGGAUACCUGUUGGAUACCACUGAAUUCGUUGUUGAUGUUUAAAAUAAGGAGUGGUCAAUGCCGCCCAAUGAACUAGUAUGUAUCAGAUAAGAACAAUGGCGUCCACUUUUUAGACUAUUGAGAAUGACGAGAUAUCUUUGUCCAUCUGAGUACAAAGAUAUUAGGACCGCUUCAUUGUCAAUAUAGUUCUUUCGCGUCUCCGAACUUCAGUGAGGAAACUCGUAGUAGUUUAGUAGUUAUGUUUCGUUUUAACGGAGGGCUUUCGUAUUGCGUAUUAAAAUACUCAACAGUGGUCAAUUUUCAACUCAUCCAAAAUAUUAAGAAAUUGUUCGGAAAAAGUUAUACGAACGAUAUUAGCAGUAGACUGCUUCGCAGCCUCUUUUGUAUAGAAGUUGUCACCCUGGUUUCCCGUGGGCCGUGCCUAACAAAAAAUCGCCAUAUAAGAAAGACUGAAGUAUUUCACAUGGAUCUUAAUGGCUCUCUUGGUGACCCGCUUGAUAUAUUGAAAGAAUAAUUGAAAUUUAAUCCUUAGCGUGGUUGGUCCACGGGAACCGUAGUUCAAUGCGCAAUUUAGGGAAUGGUAGCCCUAUGAAAGAAAGCGUAAAUUCAAGCUCAUAUCAUGCGCUAAAUACUGACGUUUUGUUGAAAUCGUUAAGGAAAAGAGAAAAGACAUAUCAGAGAUUAUAAAUUAGUGUUAUACGUGUUACGCGAACGUUAAGUGUUACGCGAACGGUGAAUAGAAAUAGUAUUAAAAAAAAGAAAACAGUU